AUGACUCUGGCCGAGGAAUUCAGGUCGCGUAACUUCAGUAUCUACGGGCAAUGGCUCGGCGUAUUAUGCAUUAUCCUUGGAUUCGCCUUGGGCAUUGCCAAUAUCUUCCACUUCAACCUCCUCAUUAUAUUUAGCAUUAUCCUCAUAUGUUCGGCGCUGAUGCUUGUCUUUAUUGAGAUUCCCCUCCUGCUUCGAAUCUGUCCUACAUCUUCCAAGUUCGACGCAUUCAUCCGCCGAUUCACCACCAACUAUAUGCGAGCAGCGAUCUACGGCAUCAUGUCCGUGGUUCAGUUUCUCAGCAUCAUAGUGGAUACUAGCAGUCUGAUUGCCGCAGCUGUUUUCCUGGCUUUGGCGGGAUUAUGCUACGCUUUGGCAGGAUUGAGACAACAAGAGUUCGUUGGUAGCAAGACACUCGGUGGACAAGGCGUCGCGCAGAUGAUUGUCUGA